AUGAGCAACCCUGUUCCAAUUACCAUCCGCUUCAAAUACAAUAGCAUUACUGUCUAUGUAUCGAUCAAACCCACUGAAACAGUGGUUGAUUUGAAGGAGAAGCUAGCCGAAGCCCUGAAUGAGACCAAAGUGCUCAACCGUAAAAUCAAAACAAUUUCUACUAAAAAGCUUUUGGGUGAACCAGGUGAUGACGAAGACGAAGACGAAGACGAAGAUGAUGAAGAAGAAGAAGACAUAGAUAUUCCUAUGCCUUCAUUUGCCACUUCAUCUUCUUCCACAUCAAAAAAGGAACAAAAUAAACAGGAAAAGAUUAAUGAAAAGGAUGAAGCGGAACAACAAAACAAAAAAGAGCCAGAUGUCAUUUAUUCAACAAUUUUACCUGAAAACAUCAAAGUUGGCCGGCCGAUUCGCGAAAACGACGUAACAAGCGGGUUUACAGAGAUCAAGAGCACAGCCAACGGUAAGCCGCAAAAACUUGAGCUUGCAGGAAUAACCAGUAAUAUGACCCUUGCAUUCACUCCGACUCAGGAAAAUGAUUUUGUUGUGAAUGUAAUGGCGGACGAUUAUUAUCGCGAUGACGACUAA